AUGCUUUUCCAGACUUACUUUUUUGCUGCGGCUUUGAUAGCCACAGUUGAUGCUAGUCCACAUGAGAGUCCGAGAGAUAAGACCGCAUUCUCUACUGUGAAGAGAGUGAUAUACGACAGGCUAUGGAGGCGCCAGGACUGUCCUUCUGUGUGGUUUGACAUUGGAAAGCAGCUUGCUAGUGAAUACGUAACCAAUGGACAGUGUAACAGCGAUGCUCGAGGAGCAAUCCGCUUGGCCUUCCAUGACUGUUUCAGUGGAGGAUGCGAUGGCUCCAUGAUCCUUGCCAAUGAUUGCAGUAGAAAAGAGAAUGCUGGCCUGCAAGACACAUGCCAGAAAAUCGGCGAUCUAGCAAAGGAGAAGGAUGUCGGUGUUGCCGAUCUGAUACAAUUCGCCGGCGCGGCCGGCAUAAAGGCAUGUCCUGGAGGGGUCAGCAUGCCCAUAUACAUCGGUCGCAAGGACUCAACCACACCAGCACCCGAGGGCGAGAUACCAUCACAUUUGGCCGACGCUGACACACUGAUCAAUCAAUUCGCGGCGAAAGGCUUCACGACAACGGACUUGGUGGCACUUGUGGGGGCGCACAGCACGUCUCAGCAAAAGACUGUCGAUACCGCCAGAGCAGGCGCAGCUCAAGACUCUACAGACGGGAUCUGGGAUGUCAAGUUCUAUUCGGAAACGCUCGACGGCUCUGCUCCCUUCAGCUUUCCGAGCGAUAAGAACAUUGCGGAGAACUCGCAGUGCUCGGGGGAUUGGAAACGCUUCUCAAGGAGCUCGGCGGGCUGGAACCGGGCCUUCUUCUCGGCCAUGGAGAAGAUGUCGCUGCUUGGAAAUGACAAGUCGGAACUGAUGGACUGUUCCGCAGCACUUGAUCCGUCCGACAGGCGCCGUACUAUUCAGUCGGCUUCCAGAAACGCAAGAUUCGUGUAA